AUGGCGGCCUUCCCGUGGCAUUCGAGACCAAGAAACUAUGUUUCAGAAUCUGAAGUGUGCAAACUGGAAUCUGUACCCUUGGAUUUUGGUGAUUACCAUCCACUGAAGCCAAUUACAGUUACUGAAUCCAAGACCAAGAAAACAAACCGGAAAGGGAGUACUUCUUCUACCUCUUCUUCUUCUUCUAGUUCUAUGGUGGAUCCACUGAGCAGUGUAUUGGAUGGUACCGACCCCUUGUCAUUAUUUGCAGCAGCUGCAGAUCCUGUCCCUACUACUGCUACCAUGGAUGGUGCACGAAAGAAACGGGACAAAGAUGACAGCUCAGCAGUGGGAAGUGACUUUGAGCCAUGGUCAAGCAAACGUAGUGAAAUCCUUGCUAGAUACACAACAACAGAGAAGCUUUCUAUUAAUCUGUACAUGGGCUCAGAAAAAGGAAAAGCUACAAAUGCUGGCUCAGCAGUUUCUGAAAAAGUGAGGACAAGGUUAGAAGAACUGGAUGAUCUGGAAGAGGGGUCCCAGAAAGAGCUGUUGAAUCUGACUCAGCAGGAUUACAUGAACCGAAUUGAAGAACUGAACCAGUCUCUGAAGGAUGCUUGGUCCUCUGAUCAGAAAGUAAAAGCUCUGAAAAUAGUCAUCCAGUGUUCUAAACUUCUUUCAGACACAACAGUAAUCCAGUUUUAUCCAAGUAAAUUUGUAUUAAUUACAGAUAUCCUUGAUACUUUUGGGAAACUGGUGUAUGAAAGAAUCCUGUCAAUGUGCGUGGACAAUCGUGUUCCUUUGCCAGAUAAUUUUUCUCCAGAGUGUGUCAAUGAUACUGCUAAAGAAACUUGCUUAAACUGGUUUUUCAAGAUUGCUUCAAUCAGAGAACUCAUUCCCAGAUUCUACGUGGAAGCAGCAAUACUGAAGUGCAAUAAGUUCCUAUCUAAAACGGGGAUUUCAGAAUGUCUCCCACGGUUAACAUCCAUGAUUAGAGGAAUUGGAGAUCCACUGGUUGCAGUCUAUGCAAGAGCAUACCUUUGCAGGGUUGGGAUGGAAGUGGCACCACAACUCAAAGAAAGCCUUAACAAAAAUUUCUUUGACUUUCUCCUCACAUUUAAACAAAUUCAUGGGGAUACGGUUCAGAACCAGCUGAUAGUACAAUGUGUGGAGAUUCCUUUGUAUUUGACUCUCUAUUCUCCUGCUAUAGACUGGAUUUUGCAGUGUAUUGCAUACCAUGCUCCUGAGGUUCUGCUUACUGAGAUGAUGGAGAGAUGCAAAAAACUGGGGAACAAUGCUUUGCUGUUGAAUUCAGUAAUGUCAGCGUUCAGAGCAGAGUUUAUUGCUGCAAGAUCUAUGGACUUCAUUGGCAUGAUUAAAGAGUGUGAUGAAUCUGGAUUUCCAAAGCAUCUCCUCUUUCGCUCCUUGGGAUUAAACCUGGCGUUGGCUGAUCCUGCUUAAAACGAUCGCCUUCAAAUAUUAAAUGAAGCCUGGAAGGUUAUAACAAAGCUGAAGAACCCACAGGAUUAUAUCAACUGUGCAGAAGUGUGGGUGGAGUACACGUGCAGACAUUUCACGAAGCGAGAGGUCAAUACAGUUUUGGCUGAUGUUAUCAAACACAUGACUCCUGAUCGAGCAUUUGAAGAUGCUUACCCUCAGCUGCAGUCAGUUAUUCAGAAAGUAAUUACCUAUAUCUAUGACUUCUCUCUGCUUUUUUCAGUGGAGAAGUUCUUGCCAUUUCUGGAUAUGUUCCAGAAGGAAAGUGUGAGAGUGGAGGUUUGCAAGUGCAUUAUGGAAUCUUUUAUCAAGCAUCAGCAGGAGCCUACCAAGGAUCCCGUUAUACUCAAUGCUCUUCUGCAUAUCUGCAAGACAAUGCAUGAUUCUGUGAAUGCACUAACACUGGAGGAUGAGAAAAGAAUGUUAGCAGCUUUGAUAAAUGGAUUCAUAAAAAUGGUUUCAUUUGGACGUGACUUUGAACAACAGCUGAGUUUUUAUGUUGAAGCCAGGUCAAUGUUUUGCAAUCUGGAGCCUGUUCUAGUCCAGUUGAUUCAUUCUGUGAACCAACUAGCAAUGGAAACAAGAAAGGUGAUGAAAGGAAAUCAUUCCAGAAAGACUGCUGCAUUUGUCAGGGCUUGUGUUGCCUUCUGCUUCAUUACAAUUCCAUCUCUGACCAGUAUCUUCACACGUCUUAAUCUGUAUCUACACUCCGGACAGGUUGCUCUGGCAAAUCAGUGCCUUUCACAAGCUGAUGCUUUUUUCAAAGCUGCAGUGAGCCUUGUUCCUGAAGUGCCAAAAAUGAUCAGUGUAGACGGAAAGAUGAGACCUUCUGAUGCCUUCCUGCUGGAAUUCCUUUGUAAUUUUUUUUCCACCUUAUUGGUUGUUCCGGACCAUCCAGAACAAGGAGUGUUGUUUCUUGUGCGAGGAUUACUAAAUGUGAUCCAGGAUUAUACUUGGGAGGAUAACAGUGAUGACAAAGUCAGGAUUUAUACCAAUGUUUUACAUCUGCUGUCUGCAAUGACUCAAGAAGCAUACAUCUACCAUGUAGAUAAAGUUGAUUCCAAUGAUACCCUGUAUGGUGGAGACUCCAAGUUCCUGGCUGAAAUUAAUAAACUGUGUGAAACAGUGAUAGCACAGAUCCUGGAUCAUCUGAAAACCCUUGGAAAAGAGGAGACCCUGAAGCGACAGAGCCAGUUGGCCCUCUAUUUCUUUAACACUAUUUUAGCUCACGGGGAUCUGCGGAACAACAAACUAAACCAGCUUUCAGUCAAUCUCUGGAAUCUUGCUCAGAAACAUGGCUUUGCCGACACUGAGACCAUGGUCAAAGCACUAGAAUACAUCAAGAGGCGAAGCAAGCAGCCUGAAAUGAGUCACUUCACAGACUUGGCCCUUCGGCUUCCUCUGGCAUCCAGGACCUGAUGAAUGCCUCUUUUCCAAGGAGUCAUCUGUACAUGGGAGCAUGUAGCCAAGGCCAAAAGCCCCUGACAUAGAUUUUGACUGGAGGAGUUAAUUGUAUUUUACUUAGUGUUACAGACUUACCUGGAUGCAAGUAAAACUGUUCUG